UCGGACGUAGCGCAGCGUAUAAACAAAGGAAGAUCGCUCCGAAUUCGCAGCCAGUGUGAUUCUCGUGAACUCUAUAUAAAUUCUCGAAAUUAUUACGAGUGCGUGUGCGAGUGUGCACGAUGAUCGUGGCCGAAGACAACGACGACCACGAGGAGGACUGCCUCGCGAUACUGAGAAGCAUGCGCGAGGAGGUCGACUGGGAGAUCGAGGAGGAGAGAUACCCCUUCUUCCGGCGCCUCGUGUACCUGACGCACAAGUGGACUGGCCAACUGCCGGAUCUUCGCGACUUCUUCCGUCCCGAGGAGAUGGACUGGCUCCUGGCCGAGGACGUGAAGAACGAGGACAGUCCGGACGUCUACUUCAACGGCUUUCCGCUGAUCGGCUUUGUGAUACGCAGCGGCUACAAGGACAGGCCCGAGCUCGACGAGGCGACGGGCCGGCCCGUGCGGCUGCGCACCACCGCCGUGCAUCAGGCCGCCGCCGGCCUCCGAUACUUCUUCAACGUCGACAGUCUGUUUCGCAUUUACAGCAGGUACGACGUGAACUACGUGGACGAGCUCGGGCUGACGCAUUUUCACGUGGCCUGCAAGUUCAACUGCUAUCGGGUCGCCGAGAGAUUCCUCGAACUGGGCCAGGAUCCCGACUGCCUCGACGGGGAGGAGUCAACGUCGUCGUUGAUCAAUCCGCCGCUGCAUCUGGCGCUCGAGUACGGCUUGAGGGAUCUGGCCGAGCUGCUGCUGCGUCACGGCGCGGACGCGAAUCUCGCCACGGCCUACGGACUCACCCCGCUGCACGUCGUCUGCAGGCGCGAUCACGACGUGCUCGGGCCCAUCGUCCAGUGCGAGGCCAUGGUGCUGCUACAGAUGCUGUUCGAGACGGGCCGAGCUGAUCUGAAAGUCGACGCCCGGGACAAUUUGGACAGGACGCCGCUGCAGUGGGCCGUGGCGAAUCUCAUGCCCGGCAGCGUCGAGUAUUUGCUGGCUCGCGGCGGCGCCGAUCCGUCUAGCUUCGUUUUCCCGAGCGAGGACUACUUCGGCGACAGGUAUCGCCGGAACAGGAGCAACUGGGCCGGCUACAGGUACAACGUGGCCGCGGACGCGCUUCGCGUCUUCGACUGCCUGAAGCGGCGAGCUGGCUACGAGUUGACGCGCGCCGACGUCCUCACGGUCAUGCGGUUCUUCGUUUAUCUCGAGAAAAUUCCCAACGCCGAUGAUGACGAUGAUAAUUCCGACGACGAGGACGACGAUCGCGAGGAGCAGCAGCACACGAGCAGCUGCCGGGUGUGUCGCGCCGUAAUCGCGAAGCCGCCAACAGCUGCUGCGUCGCUGUGUCGCGCGCACAGAUUCGCCAAGACCACGCGAGGAUUUUUCCAGCGCUGGGCCGUGGAAUUUUUCGCCACGCUGACCCGUUAUCGGCUGCCGCUUCUCUGCUCCGAAAAGAUCGUGGGUAUGCUCGGCAACGAGCACGUGCUGACGAUGUGCACCGCCUCGGAGAUGACUCUGAAGGAGCAGAGCGAAGACAAGGAGGUCGAGGAUUUGAAAAAUUUGCACCUGAACGAGUGACGUCGCGCGCGUUUGAUUGUGUAAUAAUUUAUUGUUCAAAGAUAAAAAAUUAUUUGGAAUUAAACGCAAAUUCGAGUGCAAUGGAUUGUACCUUUCAUGAC